GCAAAUAUUGUGAAGAUUGUUUUAUCCAUUUAUCCCAAAACUCAGCCGUAACCACGAUGACCAGUUUGACGGCAAGCUUCGCCGCUCGAUUCUCCUCCGCCACCGCGCAUUUUCCACCUGGCAGUCUCGUUCCGCGGCGUGACCUCUUCGUGCACCCUCCGACGCGACGUUGUCGCUCUGGAAGACUAGUGUGCACGGCGGAACCGUACUUAAUAACUAAAUUAGAGUCCGCUGAAAAGACGUGGAAGGAAUUAUCGGUUAGGCUAGCUGAUCCGGAUGUAGCCUCAAAUCCAAGUGAGUAUCAGAAAUUAGCUCAAUCUAUGGCGGAGCUUGACGAGGUUGUUGACACAUUUAAAAACUUCAAGGAUUGUCAAAAGCAGCUAGAGGAAGCAAAAGCUUUGGUAAAAGAGGCAGGUAAUGAUGAGGACAUGGUUGAGAUGAUAAAUUCAGAAAUUGCAAGUUUAGCCAAUCAGAUUAAAGAGCUUGAAGAGAGGCUAAAGCUCUUACUACUCCCAUCAGAUCCUCUUGAUGCAAGAAAUAUAUUGCUUGAAGUGAGAGCUGGUACUGGCGGAGAUGAGGCUGGACUUUGGGCUGGUGAUCUUGUACGCAUGUAUGAGAAGUAUAGUGAACGCAACUCUUGGAAAUUUUCGGCUGUCUCCAGCUCCGAGGCUGAAUAUGGUGGAUAUAAGACGUAUGUAAUGGAGAUAAAAGGGAAACGUGUUUAUAGCAAACUGAAGUAUGAGUCAGGUGUUCAUCGAGUUCAACGUGUCCCCAGAACAGAAACCCAAGGUCGAGUACAUACAUCUACAGCAACUGUUGCUAUCAUGCCAGAGGCUGAUGAAGUCGAUGUGGAAAUUGACCCAAAGGAUAUUGAGCUUACAACAGCAAGAUCUGGUGGUGCUGGAGGGCAAAAUGUUAACAAGGUGGAAACUGCUGCCGACCUUUAUCACAAACCAACAGGAAUAAGGAUUUUUUGUACAGAAGAAAGAUCACAACUAAAAAAUAAGAAUCGAGCAAUGCAACUUUUGCGAGCAAAAUUGUAUGAGAUGAAAGUAAGAGAACAACAACAGAAGUUGAGCAGCCAGCGAAAGAUGCAGGUGGGUACUGGUGCUCGAUCAGAAAAGAUUAGAACAUACAACUAUAAGGACAAUAGAGUUACGGAUCACAGACUAAAAAUGAACUUUGAGCUCACUUCAUUUCUCGAUGGGGACAUUGAGACAGCAGUUCAGUCUUGUGCUACGAUGGAGCAGAAGGAAUUACUCGAGGAACUUGCCUUGUCUGCGAGUGCCAUGGCUACAUGAUCGGCGUGUUGCUUCAGAUCUCAACCUCGACGUACUUUAAGGUGCAGUUGUGGAGGUACUUCUAAGCACAUACCAGUUGGAGAAUCCCUUCACAUGAGCAUUUGCCCUUAUAGCCACGAUUCUCUUGCAAUACAGAUCCAUAUGUUUGUAGUUUUGUUAAUUACAUGUUUGUAGUUUUGUUAAUUACACCAUCUUUUUUUUAAAAAUGUUAUGGUUGGUUAAGUGCUUGAAUGAAAAAUUGCAACUGAAUAAGUGCUUCUCAUGACUGGCAAAUAUUCUGUAUCAACCUAACAACUCAAAUAUUUUUGUUAUAGAUUACAUGCAAAAACAAGUUAAGUACUCCAUA